AUGCGCAUGGGCCAAAAUCCGUUACCUCAGCGAAUCGUCGACUUCUCUACCCGCGAGUGGAAGCUAGGCUUGGCUGGCGACGAGGCGCCUUCUCUCGAGCUCGCCGCGGCUGCCAGCUACGAACACCGGCUCGCCCGCUACCUGGAGUGGUACGCCAGCCUGGCCGAGCCGCCCGCGGUGGCCAUCUGCUCUUGCAGGGCGCUCACCGAUCCGGGCGGCGCGCUCGCCGUGGCCUUUGCGGCGCCCGGCAUCCAGCAUGUGCACGUCGCUUGCCAGGAGAACCUGGCCGUGCUGGCGAGCGGGCGCACGACGGCGCUGCUGCUCAACCUCGACGAGGACCGAACCACCGCCCUGCCCGUGUACAAGGGCUAUCUCGUGGAGGAGG